CUGUGUGCCCCCAGCCCUUCCCUCCUUGCUGUGCUCCCCUGCACCUUCAGCCUCUCGAGCCUGUGGGCUACCACGACCUGGUGGGUGGCCGGGGUGAGCCGUGGUGCCCCGUGAGCGGGCGUGUGGGUGUAGGGCUCUAGGGUGAAGUACCGAGGGGGUGUUUCAUCCCUCUGGCUCUCACCGGCAGGUCUUGCUCCUCCCGCCUUGCACCGGCAGCUGCGGAGCCGCAUUGCACCGGGGCCCCGGGGGUGGGGAAGGAAGGAAGGAAGCCCCCACGCACCGCACCGGCGGCCGUGCGGGAUGUCACCCCGCCCCACGCAGCGUGAUCCGCCCCGCACUGCACCGGCGGGGGCGGGACGCGCCCGCCCGCUGCGGGGAGGGGCCGCGCCGAGGCUCCGGGCGGUGCCGCCCGCAGGUAGCGGCAGCGUCACGCGUGGGCUCCGCCGACGGUCGCGCUGGGGGCGACGCGGUGGGGCCGGGAGGGGGGACCGCACACCCCCGCGUGUCUUCGCCCCGCGGCUGCCUGGGGCCGCGGCCGCUCUCUCCCCCCCCCCCCCGUUUUGCUGCGUGGGGCCGGCGCCGCCCCCCUGUUUUGCUGCGUGGGGCCGGAUCCCCCAGUGUCCCACGGCCGGCACCGGUGAGGGACCAUGAAGGUGAAGGUGAUUUCUGUCCUGGAGGACAACUACAUGUACCUGGUCAUCGAGGAGACCACCCGGGACGCCAUUGCGGUGGACGCUGCCGUCCCCAAAAGGUUGCUGGAAAUCAUCAGGAAGGAGGAUGUGGAGCUCAGAGCAGUGCUCACCACCCACCACCACUGGGACCACGCGAGGGGCAAUGAGGAGCUGGCGAGGCUCUGCCCUGGCCUGCGGGUGUACGGCGCUGAUGAGCGGAUCGGGGCCCUGACGCACAAGGUGACCCACAACCAGGAGCUGACGUUCGGGGCCAUCCGGGUGAGGUGCCUCUUCACCCCCUGCCACACCUCGGGCCACAUGUGCUACUUCAUGUGGGAGGACGGCUCUCCAGACGCUCCGGCUCUCUUCUCAGGUGACACCCUGUUCGUGGGAGGCUGCGGGAAGUUCUUCGAGGGUACAGCAGAGCAGAUGUACACCAACCUCACUCAAAUCCUGGGGGCUUUGCCGAAGGAGACGAAGGUGUUCUGUGGCCAUGAGUGCACUGUCCGAAAUCUCAAGUUUGCCCUGAAAGUGGAACCAGACAAUGAAAUAGUGAAGAAGAAACUUGUGUGGGCCAAACGGGAUGACGAGGACUUGCCCACGGUGCCCUCCACGCUGCAGGAGGAGUUCCUCUACAACCCCUUCCUGCGGGUCACGGAGGAGCCCUUGCAGAAGUUCACGGGCAAGACAGACCCAGUGGAAGUGCUAAGGACCCUCCGCAUUGAGAAGGAUAACUUCAAGAAACCCAAGGAGCGGCCCAAUCCCCAGGCCAUGCUCGCAUUUGACUGGGGACUUUUCAGCCCCUUCUUCGAGAAGAAGUGAGCAGCCGCGGUGAUGGCUCCCAAAACACAGCAUCCCUGUCGUGGUGGGGGCUUCCUCCUGGGCUGCGUCCGUCCGCCUCUGACUCAUUCUCGUAAGAAGUUGGGAAGUGGUUUCUGUCUUUAACCUGCUCGUUUUGAGGCUGCUCUGCUUUGAUCCCUCCAGUGCCAUGCCUGGCUCCCCUGGCCUGUGGGAGCUUUGCUGAGCACCCAGUUCCUUGGGGGAGGGUGCAUGUGGGUGCCCUCAGCGAGCUCAGGCAGCAGUUACACCCGCAGGCUGCUGCUGAUCAGGAGGUGUUUUGGGGGAGAGGACACCCAUACUCACAACAUUCAGGUUGGUGGGUGCGGGAGCAGCCAUCCGUCCUGCAGGAGCCAGGGGAGAGUAUGGAAAAGGGGGGGACACGUGGGGGAUGCGGUGCUGCACCCCAUGGACCAGCUGGCACCCGUCAGGCUGUAAGGAAGGCUCUCCUGCCCGCAGUCCUGCUGGACCUGGGUGCUGCAUUGCUCUCCCUGGGGGCUGAGCUGGAGCAGAGCUUUGCAGCAGUCUGGCUCCAAAGCCACUGUGCUGUGCUGGGGCUGGGCUGGCGGGGAAGCCCUCCUGGCCCUGCCUGCUCCGCUCUGGCCACCCCUGUGCCCUUCCCUGGCCGAGGGCAGGCAGGGAGCUGCCCCGGCUCCGCAGCACAGAGACUUGGAUGCAUGAGAGGAAGUAGGGAAGGGGACUGGUGUUUUCACUGGUGUUCAGCAGUACCUACUUGACUCCAGACCUAGGCUCUGGUUGCAGUGGGGUUUGGGUAUUUUUUCCCCCCGUUUUUAUAGUAGGCCAAUAUAGAAACAUCGUGUAGGGAUUUGUAAUGCAACCACUGACCAAACCCCUUAAACCGUGCAGAGCACAUUCAGGUGGAGUUCAGGCCUGGAGGAAAGCAUGCUCUAACCCACUGGCUUUGUAUAAAAUACUUUUCAAGGUGUGACAGUUUUUAGGGAGCAAACAACAAUGUGCUGCUAGGCAUCCAUGGCUUCUUCCCCCCCCCCCCAAGAUAAAAACCUGGAAAACACUUGGCUGAAACCUACAUUUACAUUGCCUUGUCUUGAGAACAAGAGCUAGGGAGCAGCUGGGUCUCUUAAGCCUCUUCAGCUUGCAGCCUUCAGCUUGCACUAAAUCACUACUGUAUUUUAUUUUUAUUAAGUCUGAGAAAUGUGCAAAGUUGUUAUUUGCAGGUGGUGGGAAAGUGCAUUACAAACCAGUAGUUUUCUUUUUUUGGGGAAAAAAAAUAGGGCUUGAUGGUAGCUCUGUAAAUAGCUGUGAAAAUCCCUCCAAAGGGCUGGGCUUGGGCAGGCUGCUCCAUGCGGGACAGUCACACACAGCUCUGGUUUCUUCUUUACCUCCAUGUGUGAAGUGUGUGCGAGUCUCAGUGUUGCUGAGUUUACACCUAUUCUGCGUACUUCAGAUGAAAACAGAGGAGCGCAGGAGCUGGUCCCACAAUCCUUUAACGUAUGUUUUCAUGUUAAGCAGUGCUGAUUAGAAAUUGUAUCGUUCCUGACACUGGAAUAGAGUUGACUUCAGGAUCUCUCACGUGUGGGCUGUGAACUGCAUCCAUUCCCACUGAGGCCUGCUUUGUGGCUGUUUCUUCCCUUGCUAGAAACUAGACUAAGGUGGGGUUUUUUGGUGGGGUUUUUUUUUUGUUUUUUGUUAAGUUAUAGCAUUAGAAUUUACUCUCCCCUGCAGGAGGGGAAGAAUUAAUCCUGCUGCACAAGUUGUUUUGGUACUACUGCCUCAAAGUUACUCAGUUUAAAUGCAAUGGUACUGUCUGUGGGUGUUCCCCAGAAGUUUGUUUCUAGUGGGAGCAGAAAUACACCCAUGUGUUCAGGGAGGGUUCCUGAACUAGCACCAAGUCUCCUCACGUUGACAGCAGCAGCACAAAGCCUGGGAGAAAUUCAAGCUGUUCUUGAUGCCACAGCAAGAACAGACACCCAAGAGCAUCAGUAGGAGCCGAGGUCUUGGUGUGUUCUGAGGGGAGUCCUUUGAUGGCUUUAGCAGCGUGCGUGUUGGUAACCUGGUAACUGGAGAAGAGACAAAACGUAGAGAAACCCCCCAAUUGUUUAACGUACAGCUAAUUUAGCUUUAUUUAUUUGGACACUUCUGGGCUGACGUGCAUGUUCUCAGCAGAAACAGCCUGUGUUUCUUGUGCACUGAUGUACAGAGCUUACCGUCUCAGCACUUCAGCAUAUUGGACUGACUUUGCAGUAGCAGCAGUAUCUCUUGCUGCAGAUACAAUCGUUGUGGUUUAGCAGAACACUGUGUUACACAUCUAUGUGUGGAAAGGGGCAUUUGCCGAAACUACCAGCUUGUGUGUAAAAUGAAUAGGGUGGGGAGGGGGAGGCAGUGGGAGAUUCCUGCCUUGUGAACACUGUGAAUUCACUAACUGAUCAGCAACACCUGAAAAAUGUAAAGCUUUUAAUUAAAAACAUUAAAAGAUGUCUUUUACAUUAUUGGCUUACUUUUAAUAAAGACUGGAGGAGGCUUUGAGAAGGACACAGCAAGUACUGCCAGAGAAGCCGUUACAAGAGGCAGGUGAAGGACUGACAGCUUUGCUCUUUGGCAAGCCCCUAAGCUCAAGGUCGGCAGUAACGGGGUGAGGGUUAUCUCCGGAGAGGGUCCCGGCAAGGUUUCGGCCUGGGCUAGAUGCAGCAACCGGCUCCAUCUGGUUGUAUUUACUCUGAAGGAACAAAGCAAUGCGGCAGCUUUGUUUUCAGUUUUUGUCCACUUUACUUUCUGCACAGUCCUUCUUCCUCACAUAGCAGUAACUGGAAAAAGGAGAAAUAUUGAAGUGAUUCGACAAUGUGAUUCUUACGUUCAUGUUCACUUGCAGCUACAGCAGUCACAAGGAGAGAUUCCACAUCUGCCAGUGUCCCUUCCCCUCGAGCUCAGGUACAGCAGCAAAUCCUCCCACUGCUGCCAUCCCCUCCCCAUAUGCAUUGUAACUCCAGAAAAACUGAUAUUCAGAUUAAAUAGACCCAAGUUAUUCAUUCAGUUGUUUUUCUGUAAAUAGCUCUGAAAGUACCCGUAUGUAAAAAUACAGAUGGCAAGACAAACGCAUGUCAUCUCCAGUAACAAAAGACCAAAUCUGUUUUGCAUCCACUUGGCUUCUGGCAAGGCAUUGUAAUACGCUGCACUAAACCAGAUGUGUUUUUACUAACCUCUUGGAUUGUUCUGGUAAUCUACUUGUAAUGAUUGCAUUUCAUGGUCUUCUCCUAGUAACUUUUGUAAAGUAACACCUUUCAGCAACACCAAGGACUUUGUCCUUUGUUGGAAGGAAAGCUGGUAAUAAAUUCUUCCUUGAAACACUGUAAAAAAAA